AUGCGAUUCACCUUGUUGCUCUUAUAUACCGUUAGCGCUUUGGCAGCAUUUCAUGAGUCCAUUGAAGAUGCAGCGCGCAUAGCGCGAAGACUUGUGGAUGCAUCUCCUCUUUCUGUUGGAACCAUGGCUACCGUCUUUCCAUCUGACGAUCCAUUACUUCCCGGUUACCCCUUUUCCUUGCAGGAGUAUUAUGCCAGCUGCCUUACCAAUGGAUCGCUCACCCUUCUAUUCCUCCCUAUAUCCCGCCACAGUCGGAACAUAUUAGCCUCGCCUUCACAUCUGGUUUCUAUAUCAAUCACCUCGGAGUUACCUGCGGCCCAUAAACCCCGCGUGUCAUUGCUGGGGAAUGUGACAAUCUUCACCGAUACUGAAAGUGUUGACAAUUUGACGGAAAUCAAGAAGUGCUACCUGGAGAAACAUCCUGACGCCAAGAGAUGGUUACCAGGUGAUGACGAAGGGGCACAUCUUUCUUAUUGGGCUAGAUUCGAUCCUGAAUGCGUCUAUUUUGUCGGCGGCUUUGGCGGGCGACAUUAUAUCGGUUUCAUACCCAUGGAUCUCUAUCAGAACGCGAUUCCUUUGCACGGUUCGGCUGUUACUUACUCGUCCGAAUACGUGUUCCAGAAACAGGAAUCGUAG